CCUCAUAUUGCUUCUGAAAGGUCACCAAACAAGCUGAGCAAUAUCUCCUCAGCUUCUUUCUGUUGGUUCAUGGCUGUGAUAUGCAUGGCCACACCUCUGGAGUGAAGAGAUGGGAGACCCUGGGCAAAUGGGAAGGCCAUGUCUCUCACUCAGCCCCACCCCACCUGAACUCUACCUGCAAUUCAUCACAGCACUCAGGUUACACUUGCGAACAAGCCAGCCAGCCAGAUAUGAGGAAGGACUUUCCUUCAGCGCUCAGGUAAACCACCUGUUUUCAGGAGAUGCUGAUUGCAGCACGACAGCUUUGAAUCUUUCAGAGGAGUUUGGAAGCAGAGGUUUGGAUUUCCAAAGCUGGAGACUCGGUUGCUCUUGGGAGCCUGGAAGAUGCAUUUGGGGGAUAAAAGAUUCCUGUGUCAGUUCCCACACCUGCUGGCACUGGGGACUCUCCUGUUGCUGGCCACAGCCAUGCUGAAGUACAGCCAUUGGCAGUGUGACCCCAGCUAUCUGGAGAGAGACACCACGGACCCCCGAAGUCAGUUCUGCAAGGACCAGUUCUACCAGUCAGUGAGGCUCUCCUCCAUGGAGAACAUCAGUUGCUCUGGGAUCAGCAGAGGGGAUAUUAAGGCUAUGGGGGACGCUCUGGUGAGCAAGUUGCAAUGGAAGAGCAAGCGGUUGGCCUUAGAUGAGAUGUUCUACUUGAACCUAACCAAGGAUUGUCAGAACUUCAGAGAAAAGAGAAGAUUCAUUGGGUUCCACCUGAGCGAGGAGGAAGAAAACUUCCCUAUUGCUUAUUCCAUGGUGAUCCAUGAGAAGAUCGAGAUGUUUGAAAGGUUACUGAGAUCCAUCUUUGUUCCUCAGAACGUAUACUGUGUCCAUGUGGACAGGAAAUCUCCUGAACUUUUCCAAAAAGCCGUUCGGGCCAUUGUCUCCUGCUUCGACAAUGUUUUUCUGGCUUCUAAGCAGGAGAGCGUGGUGUAUGCCUCUUGGUCGAGGGUCCAAGCCGACCUGAACUGCAUGAAGGACCUGCUUCAAAGCAAGGUGCGUUGGAGGUACCUCCUGAACACCUGUGGGACCGAUUUCCCUAUCAAGACGAACACAGAGAUCGUCAGAGCCCUAAAACUGCUGAAUGGGAAAAACAACAUGGAAUCCGAGAAACCUUCGUCCCAUAAAAGGAACCGCUGGAAAUACCACCACGAAAUGACCAAUGCCAUCGUUCAGACCAAGGUGACAAAGAGCCCCCCUCCCCAAAACUCCCCCAUGUUCACUGGCAACGCCUACAUCGUGGUCACCAGGGAGUUUGUCCAGCACCUCUUCAAAGACCCGACCGCAAGGCGCUUGAUCGAAUGGUCCAAAGACACCUACAGCCCCGAUGAGCAUCUUUGGGCUACCUUGCAUCGCAUGCCAGAGGUGCCAGGCUCGAUUCCUUCUAAUGACAAAUUUGAUCUCACAGACAUGAAUGCCAUUGCCCGGCUGGUGAAGUGGUCCUACAGCGAAGGGGACGUCAGCAAGGGAGCCCCUUACCCCCAGUGUACCGGAGCCCACCGGCGGGCGGUCUGCGUCUAUGGAUUUGGAGACCUCCGCUGGCUUCUCUCACAGCACCACCUGUUCGCCAACAAGUUCGACCCCAGCGUGGAUGACUACGUCAUCCAGUGUCUGGAAGAGUAUCUGCGCCACAAGGCCAUCUAUCAAAAGCCCCUUUGAGCACAGCCCACCACAUCCAUCAAGGAAGAGAGACAAGGGGAUCCCUCUAACAGCAGGACAAACAAAUUGUGGGUCAAUCGGAUGGGCGGGACUUCACGCCCUAGGAGACCUUCAGCAUUCUGAAGGCCUUCGUGGUCCUAGAUCUGACAUUCAGGGACGUUGCAAACCACAAGGUAGGGAGAUCAUUUUUCCCUCCAGGGGUGGAAGGGGGUGGAAGGGGACUUGUGCAACUUCACUUGUUCAGUUUCUGCAAAACUGGCAGCGUGAGUUAGAUUGAUGAGUCAUUCUCCUGCCCUGCGUUGUGUUUCCUUGCGGGGAAAAAUGUGGCUCUGAGGAACACAAGUACUUGGAUUCUGUCCUUCUAUAUUUUUAAGGGAUGGUGGAAAGGAGAAGGUGGCAUUUGAUCAUUCCUUUCCAUUGGUCUGUUUUCCAUAUGUGGGAAAUACACAGCUGUGAUAAUUGUGCCGCGCUGAUCGGGUAAGAAGGACUGUUUGGGAAGGCAUUCAUCCAGACCCCACUUCCUCCUCCUCCUCCUCCUCCUCCUCCUCCCCACCCCUUUACAGCCUCCAAGGCACCGGAUUUGCAUCCAGCUUACUGUGUAAGCAAAUUGGCAUCUCAUUUCUCAUCACAGCUCUGCCUUUCGCUCGAUUUUCAUUUCCAAGUGGCAUCCAGUGUCAAAAGAAGAUCUUCUUUUUUAUGUUCUCUAGGAAGCUCAUGAGCUGUCUGCUUCCUGGUGAUAAGAGUCUGCAUAAGCCAGAAUACUUUCUUGAGUGUCCCAGGUCACACAGAUACUGCCAGCUUAUAAUGCCAGUCUGUUCUUGCCAGAAUUGCCCGUCCCCUUCCUCACCCUUCUUUCAGCAAGUGCUAAGGUUUUCUUAGCUUUUUCUUCUCCACUGAUUAGAAGAUGUUCCUUUAGCUAUCUGGAGAAUCCUGGGCAUUGAAGUCCACUCUUUUUAAAUCAUGCUUCUGAAAAUUGGUUAGAUGGAAACUAACCAAGGCAAGAAGCAACCUAGAACUAAGGAGAAACGUCCUGACAGAACGAUCAGUGGAACUACUUGCCUCCAGAAGAUGUGGGUGCUCCAUCCCUGAAGACUUUUAAGAAGAAAUUGGAUAACCAUUUGUCUGAAGUGGUGCAGGGUUUCCUGCUUGAGUGGGCAAUUGGACUAGAAGACCUCUAAGGUCCUUUCCAAUUCUAUUUAUUCUGUAUUCUGCAUUGAAGCCCACCUCUCUUAAAGCAUGCUGGCUGGGAAAUUCUUCCAAGUUGACAUGGUUCAAAAACACGGGGCUAAGUCUAGCUUUUAAACCAGCUUCCACAUUCAGAUUGUCCUAACACAAACUUAGAAGAUAGGAUGGGUGCAUGAGCUAGUUGGGGAGAGAACAUUUGUAGGGAUGAUGGGAAGUGUAGUCCAAGACCUCUGGUAGACACCAGAUUAAAGAGGAAUGAGACAGAAUCUUUUGUUGAAUUCUGCUCUUUGUCUCUAUUUCUGUUUAUAGAUGCUACAAUGUGCCAUGAUGUAAUGAAGGUGCUCAAAUACGUUUUAGGAUUGCUAAUGAAGCCAUACGUAUUUCCAUGUAUGUAAAUCCAGGGUCUAAUGUCACACUGCGUUUCCAGGGGUUUAUUUAUGGAUGUGCCAAUGUUUGUGUGUCUACACCCAAAAAGGCCACACUGUUAAAAAAAUUCAGAAUAAACUAAAGCACAAUUUCUGUUUUUGGUUUUUGUGGGAACUUUGACUCUUAUCC